AUGGAAGAUAUUAUUAUUUAUAUGAUAAUUAUUGCACCAUUAACAAGAUGGAUUAUCGGACCCAAUCGACCUUGGAAUAAAGGAAAAAGAGAGUAUGGAGUGUUUAUAGCUUUAUUUAUAUUAUUUUGUGUAGCUGCAUAUGAACUUAAAAAACCUGAACAAAAUGCUUAUGAAAUUUUAAACGUGAAUACACAUGCAUCAACAGGAGAAAUACGACAAUCUUUUAGACAAUUGUCUCGUAAAUAUCAUCCAGAUAAAAAUAAAGAACCAGAUGCUUUUGAUAAAUUUAAUAAAAUAAGAGAAGCAUAUGAAAUAUUAUCAAAUGAUAAAAAAAAAUAUAAUUAUGAUAGAUUUGGAGAUUUUCAGGGUAGUGAUAUAACAAGUUUUUUUUAUAUAGAAAUAAUAAUUAUAGCAAUUUUUCAGUUUGCUAUUUCAUUUAUAUUUGGUUUCUUAUAUACAUAUGGAAGAGAUAAUGAAAAAUAUAGGGUAUUAAUAUGUUUAUAUAUAUCAUUAAAUUUUUGUUUAGAAUUAAUACUUCGAUUUAGUAGUGAAAGUACUGAAUUUCUUGCCUUUUGGCCUCUCUUUAAUCAUUAUACUCCUUUUGAAAGAAUUAAAGCCAUAAAAGCUCUUGUUCCUUUAUUUAUGAACAUUAUAUUAUUUAUUGAUAUUUAUUUAAUUGAAGAUGAUAUUGGUGUAUAUGCAUUAACAUUUUGUGAAUAUAUUUUUAAAAAAAAUCUUAAAAUAGUUAAAAAUUACAAUGAUGCUGUUCUUUUCUGUGCCAAACUUGUUGACGGUAAAUUGGACCGACAUAGCAAUUUUUCAUGGAGACCCAAAGAAGAACAUACAUAUAUAGAGAAUGUUCAAGAAUUAACUGAUGAUCAAACUUAUGAUAAAAAAUGUGAUAAAGAUGAUAUAUUUUACAAGUUACUACAUACUAUUGUAGAAACAAAUAAAGAAAAUGUCGACCUACAAGUUCCAAAAAAAGAAUUAUGCCGCCGAUUUGAUUGGUCUCAAUCGUAUAUUUCUAGUAUCCUUGCGAAAAAUGAACAAGAGAAGGACAUCGAGGAAGGAAACGCUAGCAAGGGUGUCAUGUUUUCUGCCAUCCUUUAUAUUAUUGGGAUAGUCUCACAUUUAUUAUCAAAAUAA